AUGAACUUAUUAAUACUAUUUAUUAUUGGUUUAGCAGCCGCUUUUAAAGAUGCUCCAACUAUAUUAAGUGCAAAACAAGGUGUGAUAUGCUCUCCAAUUCACCAAUCUAAAGAAAAAGCUUUUAUUGAAUUGAAAGAUGAUAAUAAUAAAAUUCCAACAUUGAUUUUUAAAUAUAUUGACUUGGUCAAUUUUACAAAUAUUCCAAUUAUUGAAGAAUUUCAUCAAUUAUAUCCAAAUGAAAAACCAACAUUGUAUAAAAAUAUGAUUAAAGAUGGUAAAUUUAAUGUCGACGCAGCUGAAGGUUAUAAAGUUGAUGAUGGCAAAUUUUACAAUGGUGAUUCAACUGUUAAAUUUACAGUACCUGAUUCAGGUAUUUAUUGUAUUUAUAUUGCUCCCGAUAAAGAUAAAGAAUUUUCAAUUCCAGUUGUUUUCAAAAAUUCAUAUGGAAAUUUACCAUAUAGUUAUUAUAUGAUCUAUUCGCAAUUAAAAUGGUUUAUUUUAAUUAGUAUUGCUUUAUUUGCAUACUUGUUAAACUAUAUAUUAAAAUUUAAAGUUGGUGAUGAUUUUAAGAAUUUAGAUUCAAUUUCAGUUAUUUCGAAAGGAAUUAUAUUUUUAAUCCUUGCACCAGCAAUUUUAGUAUCCAUUGUACAAUGGAUUAAUUUCUUUUUGAAAAAUUGGUUUGUUGAAUCUUGUUCUCAGAGUUUCUUUAUGGAUUUGCUAAGUUUUUUAACUGAAUUGGUUAAUCAUUGUUUUAAUGCUUAUACUUCAUUUAUUGUUUUACUAUUUUCAAUGGGAUAUGGUGUAAUUUAUUACCAUAAUGGCAACUCUCACCAUUAUAGAAUGUUUCCACAAAAAUCAUUAAAUAGAGUAGCAUCAUUAUUAUUUUUGAAUAUCUUGGUGAUGUUUUUAUAUUCAAUUGCAAUCAGUUUACAAAAUAAUAAACCAUAUGUGGUUGGUAUUUACAAUUCUCCACAACAAACUACAAAUCAACCAGGUCCAUUAGCUUUGAUCUUAGCUGGUUUAAAUUCAUUAUUUGCGAUUAUCUGGUUUGUUUUAACAAUUGUAUUUUACUUCAAAACUAAAAAAACAAUUGCAAAAUUCCCACCUGCUCCAAACGAAGAAAAUACUGAAAAAGUGGGCAAAGCAUUUAAAAGAUCUAUACUUGCAUUAUUUGUAUUACCAUUUGUGGUAUUCCUCGUUGGUGGUAUAAUCUUGGGAGUUUUAAUGACUAAUCAGUUAAAAGAUAUUCCUGAGUACCCAUCAAAUACUGAGCGUGAAUUGCUUUAUCAAAGUGUUCUUGAAUUUAUGUUAUUGGAGAAAUUUAUGAAUAAAUUAAUCUUACCUUCAAUUUGGUCAGCUUGGUUAUAUUUUAUUUUACUAGUUGGAUCAAUAUUCUUUAUCUGGAUUAAAGAUAAUAAUGGAUUGAUAAUCGACCGUAAUGCAAAUGAUCCAAUUGAGUAUGCAGAAGUUGAUAAUAACUUUGAGAUUAGUGAUGAAGAGUAA